AUGACCGACGUCUGGCGCGGUGACAUUGUGCUUCCUGACGGCCAGUCGAUCCGGGACGUUGGCUUCUCCUCGCAGCACGUCACGUCCUCGCCAGGCAUUCCCGCGGCCUCGCUGCGCUAUCUCGCGACGGUCGACGCGGCCAAGAUCCCGCUCUAUCUCGCUGCAGGGCCCAGCUACGACGUGUGGACGUCGAGUGACGCCUCCGAGGCGUGGUUCGAGUCGUUGCUGCUCAGUCAGCCUGCACCUGCACCUGCACCUGCACCGGCACCGGCACCGUCAACUACCACACCCAGCAAUGACACUGCACAUGAGUGGUGGACCUUGGCAAGGGCCCAGUCACCCAUUGGCAUCCUCGUCCAAGUGGAGAGCCAGGCAGAGGAAGCACACAAGCCCCGCGUCACCGAGAUUCUCCUGUACGGAACCAUUGCUGCCGCCUCGGCCGGCCAAGCGCUCUUGCCUGAGCUUCGAGUGCACGCUCUGCCUCUAUCUGCCGACCUUGUACAAAGCCACGCAGCCGCCUCGAUUCUACCACGGCCUUCACCCUCGUCUCUGAACCCCGUCGACCCGCAGGACGAGAUCGAGGCUCACUUCUUGCCCCCGCUUACCAACGCACCACCUGCACCGAACUCGCCCAAACGCAAACGUGAUCUCUUCGAAGAAGCCACGGCUGCGAAGAGGAAAGCUAGAGUCAAGGGCGGGGAAAGCGUUGCUGCCGCCGCUGCUCGCGGAACUGAAUUGCAACGCCCAUACGCUCACCGAAAGUCAAUAUCAUUCGACGCCAACGCAUCCCCUCUGACAGACUCUCGGCCUCCGUCUGCGCAGAGCGCCCUGCCUCGCCCAUCGUCGCGACAGCUAUCACGGUCGCCCAGUAUCACUUCGGAUAUCAGACCGCUCAGCCGCAAAGGGAAAGAUGCGGCAGACACGCAAGGCAGGCGUUCGAAUCUCUCACGCGUCGACACAGUUUCCCUGCAAUCAGACGAGCCCACCACAGAAUCGAGAAACAAGGAGGCACUCACCAAGGUGGUCAUGGCCGCCAUGCGCAUGCACGGCUUGCAGCAGCGAAAAAAGACAAAGUCGCGUCGAACAUCUACGGCCCCUGGACUGAACGAGAGCCAGCCCACGGCCGAUGAGGCCACAGCAGAGGAUGUGGACAAGGAUGAGGAAUUCAAGUUGAUCUACCACCAGACUUACAAAGGAGCGGCCCUGGCUUUGAGAAAGCACAUGACAGAAAAGCCGUUGCACGCUCAGCCAGACCGAAUGCGCGACCUGGUUGAGCAGUUUCUGACCCUGUUUCUGACCGAUCCACUUGCGCAACCACGGCCCUCCCACGAGUCGGCCAACGCAGUCGCGACGCCUGGUGCCAAGCAAGUCGGCAUCUUUGGGUCCUCUCACCAUCAGGCGAGCCCUUUCGAUCUGCCCAGUGGCAUGAGGCGACCACCGAUGAUGAGGUCUCAGACGGACAGCAACGUCUACACGGGUUCUCCGGUUCGCAAGAGGAAGACGAAUGAUGGUGUCGAGUCUAUCGUAGUUCAGAUGGACCGAGUCGAAUAG